AUGAGGUUGAGAAUGGGGCGACAUAAUCACGACUUCGAGAAAGGAGACGAAUACAGAAGGCAAUCCUCGCCGGUGCAGUACUGGUGGCGCUUGGCCCGCGCCCUAGGUCUGGGUUUGGGCCUGAGAUCUCUGAGAGACGAUGAGGAUGAUUUGACGGCGACACCAACAACCGCCACACCAUCAGUGGAGGAGGCGCAGUCGGCAACAGGCACAUACAGAUUUGCUUCAGUUGCAUCAGAUUCCAAAAUAUGUUCCGAGAUAGGCACGACCAUCAUGGCGCGCCAGGGUGGAUCGGCUGUAGAUGCCGCCAUCGCCUCCAUGUUGUGUACAGGGCUGGUACAUCGUCACAGCGCCGGGAUUGGUGGAGGGUUCUUCAUGACGAUCUACAACAGAACUUCGGAAACAGUUCAUGUCCUAGAUGCCCGUGAGCGGGCGCCAAUACUGGCCAACCAGACCAUGUACAUCAACAGGACCGACGGUUUGACCUCCACCCUGGGUGGACUGGCGAUCGCGGUCCCCGGGGAGAUCAAGGGAUACUGGGAGGCGCACCAGCGUUAUGGCCGUCUUCCAUGGAGGGAUCUCUUCCAGCCCGCCAUCAAACUGUGUCGGGAGGGGGUGCCCGUCUACAAACCUCUGUCAGUGGCCAUCAACCGGUACCCCGACCUUCUCAAGAACUUCUCCCAUACGAUGUAUUUCGACGCCACGACAGGGGAGCCGGUCAAGGUGGGUGAGAAGGUGAAGCUUCCCAUGCUGGCCGACACGCUGGACACCAUCGCCGAGGACGGAGAGUCUGCCUUCUACAACGGCAUCCUCACCGACAUCAUCGUCGACGAAAUACAGCGAUAUGGCGGAAUAAUCUGGGAAGAUCUGAACCAGUACAACGCCACCUGGAGGACGCCGUUGUCAGUGACCAUGAGAGACAACCUGACCUUGUUCUCUGUCCCGCCACCUGGAAGCGGCGCUGUGUAUGAAUACAUCAUGAACAUUCUGGACGGUUACGGCUUAACGCCCGACAGCCUGUCGACCAAUGAGAAAAGCGUAUUGACAUAUCACCGGAUCGUGGAAGCCAUGAAGUUUGCGUACGCCAAGAGAACGGAUCUCGGAGACGAGGACUUUGUUGAUGUUACAGAGCUGAUAAAGAACAUGACAUCCCGCGACUAUGCCGAUUCCAUUCGGGCUCAAAUAAACGACUUCCGAACGCAGGACACCGACUACUACGGCCCUACGUACUACGACAGCACCAAGACGGGGACGACGCACACUUCAAUCAUAGACGCUCAGGGCAACGCUGUUGCUAUAACAUCUACCAUCAACACCUAUUUCGGCUCCAAGGUACGCGGCAACGUCACGGGCAUCGCCUACAACAACGAGAUGGACGACUUCUCAACACCCGGGGAGGUCAACUACUUCGGCGUGCCGGCAUCUCCCGCUAAUUUUAUCGUUCCUAGAAAACGCCCCUUGUCGUCGAUGUGUCCCAGCAUCGUCGUCGACAACAACACCGGAGACGUUGUGCUGGCAGUCGGGGCGGCAGGAGGCACCAAGAUCACAACCUCUACCAUGCUGGUGAGUCUGUACACCCUCCGGCUCGGGCUGCCUGUCGGGGACGCCAUCGACAGCAGACGCCUACACCAUCAGCUGCUGCCCAAGACCCUCAGUGUAGAGAAGGGAUUUCCCCAGGAAAUUUUGGAUGGAUUAAAGGCCAAAGGCCACAAUUUUACCCUCGACAAUCCGGGCUCAGUUGUCAAUGCGAUUCACGUGACCGGAAGCAUGCUGCACGCCGCCAGUGACAUCCGGAAGUUCGGGGCACCAGAUGGAUAUUAAUGACGUCAUCCCUAGGUUUAUCAUCUUAUUCCAAUACAAUACCAAAGAAUCAUUCCACACAGUAGAUUACAUGAGUUGUGAGAUUAAACGUGCAUGCACGUGUACGUAUAAAUCGGUACGUAUGCGCACAGAUCAGUACGGGCAUGCGUAGAUUGGUACGUAUACGCAGAUCCGUACGUACCUGCAUAGAUUGGUACGUAUACGCAUAGAUCCGUACGUGCAUGCGUAGAUUGGUACGUAUACGCACAGAUCCGUACGUGCAUGCAUAGAUCCGUACGUGUACGUAUAGAUCGGUAUGUAUACGCACAGAUCGGUACGUGCAUGUAUAGUAUGCCUACGCAUUAAUUGGUAUGUAAAAGCAUUGAGCGGUAUGUAAACGCAUUGAUCGGUAUGUAAACGCAUUGAUCGGUAUGUAAACGCUUUGAUCGGUAUAUAAACGCAUUGAUCGGUAUGUAAACGCAUUGAUCGGUAUGUAUAAGCAUUGAUCGGUAUGUAAACGCAUUGAUCGGUAUGUAAACGCUUUGAUCGGUAUAUAAACGCAUUGAUCGGUAUGUAAACGCAUUGAUCGGUAUGUAUAAGCAUUGAUCGGUAUGUAAACGCAUUGAUCGGUAUGUAAACGCAUUGAUCGGUAUGUAAACGCAUUGAUCGGUAUGUAAACGCAUUGAUCGGUAUC